AAGUACAUGGCCAUUAUUGUGACCAAGUAUCCAGUUAUAAUGAGUAGAUAUUUGCCAAUUUCGAAAACUAUAUGUCCCGUGAACAUCGGGCUUUUAUCAUUUAUCUGCUAUCGAUAUCAAAUGGACUUAUAACAUGGGCUCAGAUUUUCAUAAUCGGUCAAUAAAUAUCAAUUUAAUGUCUCCCAUAUUUCGAAGUUUUUGAUAGAAACUUGAUUGCAUCGCUGAAAAGCAGUGAUUGUAGCAAUAACGAUCAUAUUUGAGAACAUAUCGAUUGAGAGAAAUAUCUUAUAAAUUCAUGCCAAAUGAUUAUUUUCUCAGUUUUCGUAUUUACACGGAAGUUGCUUCAAUUAUAAUUUGUGCUACGGCAAUAACAAACAAACCAGUUAGGUGACAAUAGUUUCAUUUAACUUCAUUUUAUAGUUUGAUUUACGUGUGGUUGUUCGAGUUUUGUCAAAAUAAUCAGUUUCGACCAGCAAAAACACUUCAGUUGUAUUGAAAAUCAAUCUGUUGUCACAUUAAAAUAACUUUUCUUUUGUCAUAGUUAAAUAGGCUGACCAACUGUUCAAUUACAGCGCAAGAAAUAUUUCUUCAAAUCGAAAUGCGAUUUUCUAGCUUAUCAAUUUUUACGUUCUGGCUUUUUUGUUGCGUCCCAAUAUCUUCCGAAGUGCAACAUUCCAUGGCUAAAAAAGAAAUGGUGGGACCACUUAUGAAAGACGAGAGCAUAUCUUCUGGAGUAACUGAAGCUGAAUAUUCUAUGCCCCAAACAGAACUGGAUGGUGUUUUGAAAACUGGAGAAACUUGCGCUGCUGAGGAUAGAAAUUUAGAGCCAUUAUGUCCAGGAACAACUGUCAGUCGAAAGUGGAGCCCAGACGCAGAAGAGGAUUCGUAUCAAUCCUUCGAGUGGCUCCACGCUCAGAUAGACGACGACAAAGACGGAGAGUUAGACGCGAGAGAGACCGGCGACUUCAUAGCCGAGGAGUUGCAAGGGGGAAGUGGGGCUAAGCAGAAGCAUGAGUCACUACACAGCAAACAUGACUCAUUGAUUAGUCUGCAGGAACUGUGGGACAACUGGAAAGUGACAGGAGUUCAUAAUUGGACCACUUCGGAUGUGGAAGAGUGGCUUACAAGCUACGUUGAACUCCCGCAGUAUAGUCAGGUUUUCCGGAAAUUCAGAAUUGACGGAAGAUCCCUUCCAAGACUGUGUAUGACUUCGAACAACAGUUUGCUCCAGAAACUUGGAAUUGUCAACCGAUCACAUCAAAGGAAGAUCUCGUUAAAAGCAACAGAUUUGGUCUUAUUUGGUCUGCCGAGAAAAAAUACACUUCUGAAAGAUAUUGUUCUUAUUGCAGGACUAAUAACAUCAUCCUUAGCUUGUUGGUAUUUAUUUUGGCAAUAUAACUACAGCCAAAAACAGCUGAAAAAAGUGAUGAAAGAUUUAACCAGCUUACAACAAGCGGAAGAAUCUUUGAACCAAACGCAAAAACAGAUAGCCAAUCAGAAUGAAGAGAAUAUUAACCAAUUAAAAUUGGCGUCUGUGAAAAAACCACCUGAAGAGUUUGCCAAUGGGGAAUUAAUAAAGCGUCAUAGUUUGGUUUCAGAAGAAGAAUUGUUGCUUAAAUUAGCUCAAAAAGACGAGCAAAAUACAGCACUGAAAAACGAGGUGGAAAAAUUGCAAACAAUGUUACGAGAACAAAGCUUAGAACGGCUAUCUGCAGUUUCAAGUAAUGGAUUCGAAAUACCGCCUUUACUGGUUGAAUGGCUUCAAAUCACUCAUGAAGUUGAAAUGAAACAUUUCUUAGCACGGAAAAAAGUCGCGGAACAGCAGUUGGAAAUUGCAAAAUUACAUGGAGAAAAAUUAACGAAAAAGCGAAAUACUUUCUUAGGAGCGUUACAAGUUGCUCACGGAACGGGAUUGUCGGGAAUAGAUAACGAGAUUUUACGAGCCCGAACGGCGCUUACCGAAGUUACGAAUGAUUUACAUGAACGAACGACCCGAUGGCACGCUCUGGAGUCGAUACUAGGUCGGCCCAUUUGCAGAAAUAGCGGAAUGAAAGAGUUGCGAAAAUACGUGGCGAAUUAUGAAAAUAUAAUGAAAAGUGUCAAUUCAGGCGUUGGUUUCGGAAGUAUUUUAAACCAUCAUAAUUCGAGUGGGUUUCAUCAUUCGGGCAUGCAAUUGGUGUCGCCCCCAUUUAGCAGUGCUCAAAGUAGCUCGGCGUUUUCGAGGUCGGCGAGUCAACCUAAUUUCAAUCUCAGGUGUGUUUCCAGCUUGCCGAAGGGAGGUCCCAUUUACGCCGGAAGCACCACUGAUGAUGUCUCAUCGCUACCCGAAAGUGACUCAACUACAAUCAAUACAAUCGAUCCGAGACAGCGAGCUCGGCUUCUGACUCAAAAUGACGGAUUGAUUUCGCCGAUUCCGAUCGGUCAACGACAACAGAAGCUUCCAACCAGGAGUAAAAUGGCACUGGCAGUACUGCCCGAAGAUCGACCAAACGAUCCAGGAGAGCUUCUUAAUGGUAGCGGCGUGAACACGGGGACUAUCUCAAGUGUAACAACGCCUUCAAGUGUGGCUGGGGUUGCUAGUGGCAUGAACAAACUACCCAAUUCGAAAUCGACUGUCUCAUUUGCAGAAGACAAUGAGUCUACAAUUACGGGUGCUGGGAGUGCAGGAAGUGAGACUAGUAGCCGAUUGUUCAAUAUUUCGAAAGAGAAGCGCUUUUCAACGGGACAGGAAACUGACGAAACUACUUCGCUCGGCUCAGUCUCAAUAUUGUCGGCUAUUUCGACUGACGACCAAAUGAGCAGUUCAACUCACAAGUCUUCCCCGCAACUGCCAAUCAUGACGUCACCAGGCAACCAAAAAGACAGCAGGACCAAAAAGAGCAAAAAUGAUGAAAGCAAAAAGAGCCAUCGAGUGCUCAAACACAGCAAUACAUUUGACGGCAAUUUAAGCGAAAAUGAAACCGCGAAAAAGAAGCAUAAAAAAGGUUUGCUAAAAAGACUCUUAACUUCAAACUCACAGAAAUCGAAAUCUUAUAACUCGUCUUUGGGCAAAAGCAGUUCAAAAGAACAUGAGCUUGAAAGCUCGAGGACUAACAGUCUAAGAGAUACUAUUACCAAUGAGUAAUGAUUUAUAAUCUAGUUAAUUGAGUAAAAUUCGGUAAUCUGGUGAAAUUCAAGCGCAAUAUUUCAGUCGACAUUAAAGAAAGGAUUUUGGGAACAAGUCGCCCCUAUGGUAUCUAUUAAAUAAGCUCACAUCCACGACGAACUAUGU